AUGUCGUCUUCAUCCUCAUCUCCACCCCGACCUCCACCUCUCAAUGCGCCGCCAUCUACCACCGCUGUCCGGGUCAGCGUCAUCGAUACCACCCUGAACUUAGUUGGUGCUCCCGCCUCGAUGGUAUGGCAGCCCGCGAUCCCAGGCUUCGACCGCGUGCGAUGCGGCUGUUGGUCUAUCCUCAUCACGCAUCCACCUAGUGGACAGCGGCUGCUCUACGAUCUCGGCGUGCGAAAGGACUGGCAGAAUCUCGCUCCCGCGAUAGGCAUUCCGGGCUUGAUGGAUUCAGGGAUCAUCACGAAAUUAGAAGUCGGUCAGAACGUCAGCGAGGUUCUUUCAGAGGCGGCUCCUGAGCAUCGCAUCGGUCUGGAGGAAAUCUCCGCGGUGAUCUGGAGUCAUUUCCAUUUCGAUCAUACCGGUGAUGUGUCCACCUUCCCCUCAACGACCAAAUUGAUCGUCGGACCAGGGAGCAAGAAAGCGUUCAUGCCUGGAUACCCAGCAGAUCCGCAUGCUCAGACAUUAGAGUCAGACUUUGCAGGUCGGGACGUAGUUGAGGUGGACUUCACGAAGAGUCCAUUGCGAAUCGGACGAUUCGAGGCGUUGGAUUACUUCGGCGACGGGAGUUUCUAUCUGUUAAAUGCACCAGGCCACGCCAUAGGCCACCUCAACGCCCUCGCCCGCACCACCGUCUCCCCUCCAACCUUUAUUCUCUUAGGCGGCGACAGCGCGCACCACUGUGGCGAGAUCCGGCCCUCAAUCUACACGCCUCUGCCGUCAGAAAUCAGCCCAUCACCAGUCCCACAUCUCCACUCUCCAAUUUGUCCCGGAGGAAUUUUCUCUCCUCUCUUCCCAUCUUCCGCUACCAAACCACACGCGACACCCGUACUCAGCCUGAUCGAUCCCUUCGCGGGCUCCUACCCGGAUCCCAAAUUUGCGCUUAUCUACGAUGAUGACCAGCUCCGCGAGACGCUGGAGAAGGACGUUGAGUUGGAUGCCUGUGCGGAGGUUUUCGUGCUAUUGGCGCACGAUUGGAGUCUCAAGGGGGUGAUUCCGGAGUGGCCGAUUGGGGACUUGAAUGGCUGGGCGGAGGAAGGGUGGAAGGACGUUGGGCGGUGGAAGUUUCUGGAGGAUUUUGAAGGGGGUCUUAAGAGUGAUGAGGAUGGUGGUAAAUGA